AUGGCAGAGACGAGCGUGGCGGAUGUUUCGAUGGACGAGAGCGCGGCCAAUCAGGCAAAGCGGUACCUCGCCUCGCAGACGCAUGAUAUUAUUAUUCCGUCGUAUAGCACAUGGUUCGACAUGGGGGCCAUCCACUCGGUCGAGAAGCGCGCGCUGCCCGAGUUCUUCAACUCGCGCAACCGAAGCAAGACUCCCACUGUCUACAAGGACUACCGCGACUUUAUGGUCAAUGCUUAUCGCAUGCGUCCGGCCGAGUACCUCACUGUCACCGCUUGUCGACGCAACUUGGCCGGCGAUGUCUGUGCCAUCAUGCGUGUCCACGCGUUUCUCGAGCAGUGGGGGCUCAUUAACUACCAGGUCGACCCCGAAACUCGCCCCUCGGCCCUUGUUCCCCCCUUUACAGGCCACUUCCGCGUGACUGUCGACACUCCGCGCGGUCUGCAGCCCAUGCACCCAGGCAUUCGCCCUCCCGUCCCAUCUGGCGCCUCUCAUCCCCAGCCAGGCACAUCCACCACCGGCCCACCCAGCCUGGAGCUGCGUAAAUCCAUCUACCAGACCACUCCCAAGUCCACCACCGCCCGCCCCCUCACACCCGCCCAAGCUGCCCAGCUCGCGGACUCGUCCAUGUCCCAUCCCUCCAAAGUCACCUAUGCCUGCGACACCUGUGGCACAGACUGCACCAGCCUCCGCUACCACUCGCUCACUCGCAAGAACUACGAACUCUGUCCGAGCUGCUACACCGACGCGAGGUUCCCCAGCACCAUGUUGAGCGGCGAUUUUGUGCGUUUGAGCGGAGACCCCGUCGCGCCUGCACACGGGACCGACCAGCCGUGGACGGACCAAGAGACCCUGCGACUGCUCGAGGCCAUCGAGAUGCACGACGACGAUUGGGGUGCCGUUGCUGACCAAGUCGGCACUCGCACCCGCGAACAGUGCAUCCAGCACUUUCUCCAGCUCCCCAUCGAGGAUCCCUACUUGGACGACGGCGCCGUUGCUCUCGCUGGUCGAAUGGGCGCCGUCGACCUCGGGGCUGCUGGCGGAAAGGUGGCGGCGAGCGAAGCUAGCUUGGGUCCAUUGCGGUACGGUCGUAUUCCAUUUGACCAAGCUGAGAACCCCGUGAUGAGCGUGGUCGCGUUCUUGGCGAGCGCUGUAGCCCCAGGCGUCGCAGCAGCAGCAAGUGGUCGAGCCAUUGACGAAAUGAAGAAACAAGCCGAAAAGGCCGCUGCAAAAGAAAAAGAAAAGGAGAAAGAAAAGGCCGCGAGCGGAGACCAGGACGGAGACAAGCCAACCGACGAGGCCGAGUCCAAAGAAAAAGAAAAAGACAAAGAAAAGGCCGCUGAAUCAGAAGUAGACGAGAAGUCGAACUCGCCCAAACCAGACAAACCAAUGGACAUCGACUCGAACAACCCUCUCCCGACCACGCACGUCGAACAACUCGCGUCCGUGGCGCUAUCAGCCUCGGCAGCCACCGCAUCCCACAUAUCCUCCGCCUCGCUCACAUCCAUCCACAACCUCACCGCUCAACUGCUCCAAACCCAGAUGCAAAAACUCGACCUCAAGCUCGCCGCAUUCUCCAAACUCGAAGAGCUCGUCGCGCUCGAGCGGGACGCGGUCCGAAAAGAACGACAGUCGCUGAUUAAAGAACGCAGAGACCUGACGCGGGAAAAGGCCAAGGUCGAACGAACGAGGGACGAAGUCCAACGCGUCUCAGCCGAGGUCAAGCGCAUGGGCGAUGAAGUCCGCAAGGCACGGGACGACCCGAACCAGCAACCGCCUCCAGAGCCCAUGCAGAUGCCCGAUAUGGAGAUUGGCGAUUUCGCGAUGAACAUUGACAUGACCGGCAUGGACUUUUCCAAUAUGAUGGGCAUGAGCGAGAUGAACGUCCAAGAGGUCGAUUUGUCCCAGAUGGGUGGCUUUGGAGAGGGCGAUCCGGGUGGUAUGCAUCCCGAUGGGUUUGCCAAUUUGCGAUAG